GAAAAAUACACAACCAGUUGCUGAUACGCGAAAUAACUACGAGAAAAAAUGGGAUGUCAUGUAAUUUAUAUUAUCACGUUGAUGAUUGAUAAUUAAUAUUCGUGGAAUAUGCAGUAAGUUCUGCAAGUCACUUAGUAAAUACGCGCUGUAUGAUUUGAUUCUAACUGAUAUGAUAAAUGACUUAAGACAAUGCAUUCUAAUACUCUCAUAGUGAUAAGCAGAACGUAAAUAAUCUUUGUAACGAGUGUGUGUUUUAUGGACUGAAAUUUACUUGAUCCAUCGAGCAAGAUGAUGGAGUACGGAAUGCAAGAAAUUUUAGUGAUAAUCGCAGUUAUAGUGAUUGCUAUUUAUUAUUGGUCUACUUCUACGUACAAUCAUUGGAAAUCUUUGGGAGUCCCGGGCCCAAAACCAGCCCCACUGGUGGGAAACACCGGUCCGUUUUUUUUCCGAAAAAAGUCAAUGGCUGAAACAGUAUAUGACUUGUAUAGAGCAUGUAGAGAUGAACCAUACUUUGGUUUUUACAACGCACGGAUGCCAGUUCUGAUGGUAACGGAUCCUGAUUUUAUCCGUCAUGUCUUAAUAAAAGACUUCCAUGUCUUCCCUGGUCGUGGGUUUAGCUUCAAGAAUGAUGAGCCUCUGGUACAUCAUCUUUUUAAUAUUGACGGACACAAAUGGAAGGUAAUGAGAGCUAAAUUAACUCCAGUAUUUACUACGGGAAAACUAAAACAUAUGGUUGACUUAAUGAUCGAGUGUGCAGAUCACUUUGAAAAGUAUCUUCAGAAUCAAGUUGGCAAAGGUAAAGUCAUCGAGUGUCGUGAAGUAGCUGCUAAAUUUACUACGGAUGUUAUUGGGUCUUGUGCAUUUGGUAUCAACAUGAAUGCACUUGACAGAGAAGACAGUCAGUUCAGGAUCAUAGGUAGAAAAUUGUUUGAACCGACUGCAUUUAAUGCAAUUUAGCGGAUGCUGAGGAUUUUUGCACCCAGAGUUUUUAAGUUGCUAGGCCUUACAUUGGUCCCUAAAGCGCACACUGAUUUUUUCAUUGACUCUCUACGAGAGACGAUGGAAUUUCGGGAGAAAGAAAAUUUUGUCCGUCAUGAUCUGGUUGAUCUCUUGAGAGACAUUAAAAAAAAUCAGCAUGAUAUUGACUUCGAGGUGACUGAAAAUCUCUUGGCAUCUCAAGCCUUCGUCUUCUUUAUCGCCGGAUUCGAAACUUCAUCGACGACAAUUUCAUUUGCGUUGUACGAGCUGGCGACUGUUCCAGAGACUCAAGAAAAAUUGAGAGCUGAAAUUCUUGAGACACUUAAAAAACACGAUGGUAAAUUGUCGUACGAAAUUAUCAAUGAAAUGAAGUACCUCAACAUGGUCAUGCAAGAAACAUUGAGAAAAAAUACACCGGUGUUUUCAUUAGUUAGAAAAUCUGCUGAGCCGUACAAAAUACCCGGAAGUAAUGUAACGUUGCCAGCAGGUACGUUGGUUCAGAUUCCAGCCUACAGUAUCCAUCAUGACGAGCGAUAUUAUCCAAACCCCGAAGUUUUCGACCCUGAAAGAUUCGAUGAAAACGAAAAAAGACAUCCCAUGGUUUAUCUACCAUUCGGAGACGGCCCUAAAAAUUGUAUUGGCCUCAGAUUCGCUGCCUAUCAAUCCAAACUAGGACUCAUUUCAGUUAUCAAAAACUUUAAAGUCUCGCCAUCAAAAUCAACUCAAGUUCCUUACAAGAUUGACAAAGCAACUGUAGUUUUAGCAGCAGCCGGUGGAGUAAAUCUCAAAUUUGAACCGCUUAAUUAAUUUACAUUGAAUCUAUUUUAUGAAUAUUCUCAUUUAUUAAUUGUAUAACAUAAAAAUUGUUUGUAUAAUUAUACAGGGCUAGUAUACAAAAAGUUUGAUUAUUAAAUUAUAUCAACAUAAUCAAAAUUUGAACAUAACAGUAUUAAAGUUCUAAACAAAAUAUAAUGAAUUUUGUAUUAAAUU